CGUAAUAUGCAAAGCUUGUCCGUCACUCUCCCCGACUCGCUUCCAUCAUCGUCUACAACAUGUCCCCCAACGCGGAAACAACGAGCUUUACGUUCAGCCCUGAUAACCCUUGCAAUACCACGAUUACUUCCGCGACCGGUGAGACGCUUUACAGCGUCAUGACCGAAAUCACGAAGAAGGCGACAUACACCCAAGUCCGCGAUGUCAAUGACGAAGUCAUAGGCUCUCUCGAGUGGAAGGAGGUGCUGCCAGAUAGGGUCAUUAUCAAAGAUCGAAUGCCCAUCUCAUUUUCAGACUGGAUGAAGAGGAGCUUUGUUCCAUUCAAGGAACAGGUAUCUUUCACCGAUGACCAAGGGCGAAAGUACAAGUGGAAAGGGAUAGGCUCCGGGCGCUCUCUCGAGCUCUACAGUGAUCAUGACAACUUUUUUGUACCAAUCGCAAGAUAUCACCGUUCUCGAAGGGUGCUAGACUCCAGCUUAUCUUCUAGCGACCCUGAGAAGCCAGGUCCAGGACCCAUGGCAUCUCAAUACUCCCUGACGCCCACAUUGACCGACGUGCAGUCAAUUACGCCUACGCUCACCGACGCAAGCUCAAUCAACACUGUCUCUCGACCCCGCAUUGUAUACACGCCCGGACAGCUUGCUCUACUUCCCCGUGCUCUCGAGAUACAGGACCUGGUCGUCUUAUCUCUGUUGUUCCUCGAGAAACAGCGUCGGCUUCAGAAUGGCGGCACGAACGACAACUCGAUGGUGGGAGUGAGAACGGGGGCAACGCUCGCUGUGGCUUGCUGACUGGUAGAGUUCGUGAGGUUCUAGGAGCUUCUACGUGCGCCUGGAAUAUUACAUCUUUGUGUUGACCCUUCCACCGCUAAUUAGAGGACGACGGGCAAGACUGUCCGCUUUUUGUUGUAGGUGCGUAAUGCUCUGCUUAGCUAGCCUGCCAACAUCCUUCAAGACUACUGUCUCAACAAUUAGCUUGAAAUCGAGAGGCAUACUGACACUCGCAGGAACUCUAGCAGUGGGUGUUCUGCGCCGCUAAGUGUCCGUUACAGACGCUGUACCGGAUAAGGCGAGAGCUUGGUGCUGUGUGCACCACCUCGAAAGACCUGUAAGGAAGUGUCGGAUGUUCUUAAGAUGGGACUUGGCGACUUCGUUAUGUUACAGAAUAAUCAAGUGCCGGGUUCAGCAACCAUAUCCUCCGUCCCCGAGAGCUACUGAGCUUACUCGGAGCGCCCCAUCAUCACAAGGCGCAGCAUCUGCCAUCGGGGCAUGUUCCCCACACUGCCACUGGCAGACACAAUGAACUGAGGCUAUACUGAGCGCUGCGAUCUUGGGCACGGUCAGACGGCUUCAGUGACAGGGAAAGUUCGCCAAGAGACGCGGGCCAUGGCGUCUUUAGAAGAGAUCACGACACUCACAUUCACACCGGACAACCCCUGCAACACCACCAUCACUUCGUCCUCGGGUAAAGUCAUAUACCGCGUCACAACCGACGCCUCGGUCAAGGACCCCGUCACUCAGGUCUACGACGCGAGCGACGAAGUCAUCGCCUCCCUCGAGUGGCGGAAUGUCCAUUCAGAUAGGGUGAUUUUGUGGGGCCACGACCCUGUAGCUUUCUCGGACUGGGUGAAGAAGAACCACAUGCCAUUCAUGGACGAGGUGUCGUUCAAGGACGACCAGGGACGGAAGUACAAGUGGAAGGGCACGGGUGGCACUGGCCGUUAUCUUGAGCUCCAUAGUGCGGACGACAACUUCAAGACCGUCAUCGCCCGGUACACUAAGUCCUACCGCAAACCCGCGCCAAGCGACUCGGGCGAUGGCGGAACGGGCGUAAUUCGCACUCCGGGAGAGCUGAGGCUCAUUCCCCGAGCGAAGGAAGUCCAGGACUUGGUCGUAGAGACCUUGCUCUUCCAGGAGAAGCAGAGGCGGCUGCAGCAAGGCGGUUUGGGCGAGGGUGCUAUGGUGGGCCUGAUGGUAGGAGAUGCGUUUGGCGGAAUAGUGUAGUAGAACCAUCAAUGCCGCUUAAAGUGUCCAUGAAAGCUCGCGACGCAAACCUCAUCACAGUUACCUGUCUGUCAACCCUCUGACGCGGCAAUCUUCUGCUGCGUACCUAAUCCUCAGACAGUCAUCAGAACCCGGAUAGGUUGAGAACAUAUCGUAAUCAUAGUGGGUAUCUCGAGGAACUUUGAUGUCAA